GCAAGCAUCAUUGUCUGAUCUGCUGAAAGAUCCUGCCUUGUGAUUAAGAGUCUGUAGACCUUAUACUUUCUACAAAAAACAUGUCAUCUGAAAUCCUAUGUCAGGAGCAUGGAAAGCCACUGGACAUUUUCUGCACUCAAGAAAAUGUGCUAAUAUGCCUUGAAUGCAGUGUGUUUGGGAAACAUCAAAGACACAGAGUGAUCCGUGGUGGGGAAGCUCAGCAAAAGAUACAGGAAGAAUUGAAAUUCACACUUCAAAGAGCAAGUGAAAAAAGAGAAAAGAAAGAAAAAGAAAAAGAAAAUAUCGUAAAACAGACAAGAGAGACUGAGAGUGAAUUUUGGAGCUAUAAAGAUAAGGUGUCAAAUGAGAUCAAUAGCAUUCGGGAGGUACUUGACAACGAGGAACAGAUGCUCCAUUACGAAGCAGACCUAACCCUCGAGAAAUCUCUGAAACUGUUAAGGGUUCAAGAAGACAGUGCCGCUAAUACCUUGGAAGACCUGGAACACAUUGAGAAACAACUUCGUAUGUUGCCAGAACUUCAGGGAAAAACACAUUUUCUUUCAACGUACUUCACGAUCAAGAAAAAGCUAGAGGACAUUGAGGCAGAACCGCAGCAGAAGACUUUGGAAUUCCAUGUCCCCCAGACCCCAAAAGAUUUCAAGAUGAAAAUGUGUCAGAAAGUUUUUAAAAAUAUACUGCCAGCAGGAGCUAACAAAAACUAAACCUUAUUACACAGAAGAUGAGAUGGACUCCUGACCCAGGAACUGCCUUCUAGGAUUCGAAGAUGCUCUGAACAAUUACAAAGAAUUAUGAGGGCUAUAUAUAUCUAGCAUAUGCAUGAGAAAAUAUUCCAAAUAUUUUACAAUUUACCAUGGCCACACAAACACUGUGGGUUGGAAAAACUUUACUAGAUCUGCUUUCAUCAUCAUCAUCAUCAGAGGGCACAAAUGUGCUGUAUAUAUGUACAAAUACACACGUUUUAAAUUAAGUGAUUUAACUUAAUUAUUUGGAAUAAAAAAUGUGAAUAACAAAAAGGUGAAAAUCAACUCAAUUAGUCUGCAUCAAUUAGAAACUCCAAAAAAAAAACCUGAAUACAAGGCACCAAAAAGUCACUAGUAACAAAAUCCAAACAAAUGCCCUGGAAAGAUGGAAAACAACAGUCCGCAGCUUCAAUGCCAAAAUUUUAAUAAGAAAA